CAAUCCCUUUGAGCAUUGCGUGACAGGUUGGAUAUAAAAGCUAUCCAAAUAUUGGAUCUGUCACGACAGAGUAUUCCAAGUAUUCAUAAAACAUGUUUUUAGCUUCUCAACCAUUGGCAACGUUCGAAGGACUGAAUGCUACCACCGAUCUACAAGCCGUUUUAUCAGAAGACAUAGAAAAAGGUUUCCAAAGGCAGGGCGGCACCAUUCGUAAUGAAACAAUCCCUCUUCAUGAAGAUAUUCCAGAGGAAGUUACAAAACAGCAAACGAAUAUUCCUCACUUGCGCCCCAUUGAUUAUGUUUUCAGUGAACGCUCUUUGAAGUAUCUGCACACUAUUACUGCCGAAUAUUUCAGGACACCGCUGACGGAAGCUUUCAAUUGGAAUGAAGCCGCCGAAAGACUUGGCGAAGAACAAGAAGGAGAAUGGUUUAUUGUUGCAUUCAGAAGCAUUCGAAAUGAGCAAGCCGACCAUAAAAAACUCUACGAUGCUGACGCUUUAGCGCACGAAGAAGCAAUUCGGAGUGGCGGUUUACUAAAGUACUGGUAUGGAACGUUGAACGAAAAUAGAGAGUGCCUUGCCAUGUGCAUAUGGUCUAAUCGAGAUUUUGCGAAGAUAGCGACAACAAAGCCACUACAUCUGAAGGCUGUCUCGCUAGCACGGCAAAUGUAUGAGUCGUACCAACUAGAGCGAUACCAGUUAGUCAAAAGAAAAGGCGAAAACCACUUCCAUAUAGUUCCGCUAUAAUUCCUCCUAUCAGAUACAACUCAUAUAGUUUUAAUUAGCCACUCUAGAACCUGUUGUACGUGGUUCAUACACUGAAUUUACAAAGGAUUUAAUAUCUGGGCAUCCAACUUUUUUUUUCAAUACAUAUAACUUACAUCUUUCAUCCAAAAGUGAACGGUUGUCAAGGCAAUCGCUGACCCACUUCAUACUGACAAAUCGAGGUUGUCGUCGGCUAUGGACACGCAGUAUUUGCUUUAGCAAUAUGAU